AAAAAAAAAUUCAAUGGCGGAUGGAAAGGCGCGUCCCAAGAUCGGUCUUGAAUCGUCCUACUUUUGAUGGCAAGAAAAUUGCACAUACAAAAUCAAACCGCCUGGUUUCUCGUGAGGAUCGCCGAGCAACAGGAUUUAAAAGGGCAAUAGUUGGCACGUAGCCUUUUUUGGAGGCGCCCACAGAAAUACCAUCUCCUUCCCAGAACACUUUCGCGUCAACGCACGCCAACCUCAACGCCUGGCUCCCUCCGUCUCGCUCGUUUGCCGCCAUGUCCGGUGGCUUCGUCAUCCCCGGGCUCGGCCACGCGAAGCCGAACGAGAAGCUGCCGACGAACAGUUUUGCCCCCGAUGUUUUGGCUGCCGCCGCAAGCCUGGGGCAUGGCGUCGCAAAUAAAGAGGCUACUGCCACCAACGGAAGCGCAUUGGCAGUGGCAGGACGGGCGGGCAACAAGGCUGUAAUUCAAGGCGAAGGUGUAUCCGAAUCUGGACAAAUGCCAGGAAAAGGAUCAGAGAUUGGCGGCUCAGAUGCCAUGGACAUGGACCAGAUGACGGAGACAGCCGCGGCCAUAGGGCCGAUCACCAUGGCUGAAUCUACGAUAAGCGACGCAACGACCGUCAUCGCGACCGCCGGCGACGCCUCCGACGCCCAGAUCCCAGACGCCCUCGACGCCGCAAUUCUCGCCAUGGUACAGCCAGAAGGCGAGGCACAAGCACAGGCCAGUACGGCGCCGGGUGAUUCUCAACCACAAGAGCAACCGAUUGGACAGCCCCCCGCGGAGCAACAAGGAGCCGGUGCUGAAUGGGAGGCUGAUUCCUCGCCGUACGAGUCUUCCAGUGAUUUAAGCAGCUCGGAUGACUCAGAUGACGACUCGGACGGCGAGCUUAUGGGCCUCGACGAGACGGUCAAAAUGCUGAUGGCGGGUGCAGACGGCUCCGAAGACGAGGGCGACGGCGGCGACAAGGCUGGCAAGGCCGCCCAGAUGCGCACCAAGAAUGAGCUGCCGGACUGGGUCCCUCCUAAACCAUCGGCACUUGCCGAUGAUGCUGUGAUUUGCCAGCUGGGCACCAUCACCUCGAUCGUGGGAGCGCAGAUCCUCAUCACCUCGGGCGAGGACGGCGAGGAGAAGGUGCUGGACGUUGAGACGCCUGUGUGUCGAGCCGAUAAGUCUGUGAUCGCAGCCAUUGCCGACGUGAUCGGCAAUGUGCUCCAGCCAAUGUACAUCCUUAGAUUCGCUACGCCCGAGGAUGUGGCCAAGGAGGGGCUCAAGAUCGGGGAUGCGCUAUAUUACCCACCGGGCCAAGCCCAGGUUGUGUUGACGCGCCCCCUUCGGAGCCAGAAGGGCUACGACGCCAGCAACUUGCACGACGAGGAGCUGGCCACCGAGGAGAUGGAGUUCUCGGACGACGAGCGCGAGCAGGCCUACAAGCGUGAGCUCAAGAUGAAGAAGCGUGGCAACCGUGGCCGCGGCGCCAGCGGGCUCGGUGGUGGCUACACAAGAGACAACGGCCGUCCCGGUCCAGGUUCCACGGCCAGCUCCGUGACCGCGGUUGGUGAUGCGGGCCUCAAUUACGAUGACGAAGACGACGAUGGACCAUACAAGCCUUUGACAAGGCCUGCUAACUUUGGGAUGGGCGCGCCGCCCUCUCGCGAGGAGACGCUCGCGACUGCUCACAGGCCCCCUUUUACCCAUGGCCAUCGGGGAAAUAGGGAUCACUUUCGCGGAGGCGGGCGUGGCGGUAACCGUGGUGGACGAGGCGGGUUCCGAGGAGGCAGGGGUGGCGGUGGAGGCUACCCCGAUGGCCACUCUCAACGCCAACAGCCUCGUCACCAGCAGCAGCAACAGUCUCAGCCGCAACACCAACCCCAGCAACAGCGCCAACCCCAGCCGCAGCAACAGGCACCAUCACAGCAGACACCAAGCGUCCCCCAGUGGAACUUCCCUGCUCCGCCACCGUUGCCGUUCGCACCGCCUCAGACCACCGCUCAGCCUGCUGGGGCUCCCUUCACAUUCCCAGGAUUUCCUCAACCCAAUCCAUAUGGAAUGCUUGCACCUCUCACCAACGGGCAAUUUCCCCCUCCGCCCAUCCCGCCUCCCGUUGCUGGCCAGCCUUCGGCAAACUGGCAGGCAAUGAGUGCGCUUUACGCUAAUCCGACCUUUGUCCGGGCACUGAGAGACGCUGCGCAAGCGCAGCAACAGCAGCAGCAACAGGGCCAAGGCCAAGGCCAGCCGCACAACCAGCCAGGUUGGGGACAUGAUCAUUAGUGCUGGUAAACACAAUCUGGGCUGCCGAUGGCGACUAUCAAUUGUCAGCACUAUCGAACUUUUUGACAUUGCAGGAUAAAGAAGGAUUUGGGUUUCUGCACCAUUGGGGAAGCAUAGCGUCGAGAUACCCAUGCUGGGAUAGCGCUAGGCAAUGUUGCCGUGCAUUGUGGCGCCGUGCCGGGGCUUGGUUUUCUGGUGGGUUUCGUGUUGUCUCCGGCCUCACACCCUGCACCUUACUCCUUCCGCUGCGGUUGCAACUUGGGCUGAAUCGGCCGGGUUGCGCGUCUUGUAAUACUGACCAAAUGCAUUGGAUGGUUGAUAAAGUGUCCACGAAGGCGCACCUAUAGAAAACGACAAGGAUGUAUGUCCCGUCGCCCGCGCGUGUCGCGCCCGCAGCGCCCUAGCCUCCUAGAAUAUAAUGACAUUUCCACAAACAUUGCCAUGACAGGAAGGUUGCCG